GAGUAAAAGAAGCAAAAUGGAAAGCAUUCCUCAGAUGAUAAAACCAGUGCGGCAGAGAUCUAGGCAGUCCACCAGAUAUCUUGGCGUACGCCGCCGGCAAUGGGGACGGUAUGCAGCAGAAAUUCGUAAUCCACACACCAAAGAAAGGCAUUGGCUGGGCACAUUUGACACUGCUGAAGAGGCUGCAUUGGCUUAUGAUUUUUCAUCUAUCUCUUUUAGUGGCAUUGAAAAAGCUCGAACUAAUUUUGUUUAUCCAUUAUUGGUCGGACCCUUGUCUCCUCCUCCACCACUGCCUCUGCCUCCAUCUCCACCGCCGAUUCCGGAGCUAGAAAGUGAUCAAACUUUUAUGGAAAUGGGUUCCACGGAUGAAGAUAAUGAGUCUCUUUUUAUUGCUUCCAUUUUGCAAAGCUUUCACCCAUCCCACGGCCUAGAGAAGUUGGUUCUAUGAAUGCAAUUUGAUGUCAAAAAGAAUUAUUAUUCAAUUUGCGUUAUGAUUUGAAAUGAAUGAGCUCAUA